AUGACCACUCAGACCAAAUUGGCCAACUGGUACGAUAGGUGGCGCCCCGAAACGUUGCUUUGGCCUUGUCUACUGCUCGCCCCCCGUCUUCUGGAAAACGGCUGGAGCCAGCUCUGGUGCACCACAGGACGGUACGUAGCGCGCAGUUACGCACGUACAACACGUGGACUUCUCAUCACCUCUGUAUACGUGUCUGAUACCACCACAAAUCCGCACCUACUGUACUGUAGUGUACAGUACGGUACGUCUGUCGGCGCAGAGCACAAUUCUGCACGGGCAUGGACAUUCGUCUUCCCGCCGCAUCAUCUGCGCACUCCACCUACGUCGUGCAAGCAGCCUUCCCUCCUCCCCCGAGAUACCGUGACGCCCCACCACUUCGACAUGUUCCCGCACGGCCCUCAACCCUCAGGUGAUGGUGGUCACGUCAAAUUCGUCCUCGUCUCUGGCGGUGUCAUAUCUGGCAUUGGCAAGGGGCUCACCGCCUCCUCGCUCGGCGUCCUACUCAAAAGUUGUGGGUGGCGAGUCACAGCCAUCAAGAUAGACCCAUAUCUAAACAGGGAUGCAGGUACUAUGUCCCCGUUUGAGCAUGGCGAAGUCUUCGUCUUGGAUGAUGGGGGAGAGGCGGAUCUCGAUUUGGGCAAUUAUGAACGCUUUCUCGACGUCACCUUGUCAAGCGAUAACAAUAUUACCACGGGUAAGAUCUACUCCCAUGUAAUGGAACGUGAGCGCAUGGGCUCAUACCUGGGAAAGACUGUCCAGGUCGUACCGCACAUCACCGAUGCCAUUCAGGAAUGGAUCAUGCGUGUAGCCACAACGCCCGAUGCGGAGGGCAAGGUCCCGGAGAUUUGUGUCAUUGAAUUGGGGGGUACGGUGGGUGAUAUCGAAAGCAUGCCCUUCGUCGAAGCUCUCCGUCAAUUACGCUACAACGUCGGCGACGUUAACUUCUGCUCAGUCUUUGUCUCGCUCGUUCCUGUCCUCGGUGUCGUCGGUGAGCAGAAGACAAAACCGACGCAGCACGGAGUGAAGAGCAUCUCAUCCAUGGGGCUCUCCCCACAACUCAUCGUCUGCAGGUCCGAGCAGCCGCUUCACGCAGACACUAGGAGGAAACUCGCCAUGUUUUGUCAGGUCGCUCCGGACGCUGUCGCCUCAGUUCAUGACGUUUCCAAUACAUACCGCAUCCCGAUGAUGCUGCAAGAGCAGGGCGUUUGUAAUUUGCUCAUCCGAUCGUUGCAUCUUGUCUGGAGGCUACCUACGCGGCUGGAGAAAUGGGCCCGCAUGGCUGCGUCUCUCGAAUCCCUUGGCCGAACCCAGAAACAUGUUACCAUCUGUCUUGUCGGAAAGUACACCGGUCUCUGUGACGCCUAUCUCUCUGUCAUUCGGGCGCUGCAACAUGCGGGCAUGGCAGUCGGGCGCACGGUCAAGGUCGUGUGGAUCGAGUCGAGCCACCUUGAGUCCCCGACGACGGCGGCUUCGGACGGGACUUCGUCUGCCAACGGUUCAGUGAUUUCUGAACAAGGCGGACGGAAUUCUGGUGCCUGGUGGGUUUGGGGAUCGAGGGGUUGA